CCAGUCACCAGUGCCGGCGACGAUCGCAACCAAACCGAAUAGCGUAAGAGUCCACACAAUGUCCAGGCACCGCCCGGCCGUGCCACACAUGGAUAGAUAGAUAGAUCAUCGCCCGCGCGGGUCGGCGGGGUUCACUUCGGUUCACUUCGCUGUUUCGCUGUUGGAAAAACCUAGGUAUCGUACAUACCUACCCCGUUCGAGAAUCGGCCGUGACUACCGCCCGAGAGCGUCCUACCUACCGGUACGUACAAAAGCCUACAUACGCCACCGACAUACAGCAGGAACUAUUGGAAACGCAUAUUGGAAAAGCAAGCAAGCAAGCAAGCCAGCAAGAACCGACACGAUGCCGCAAGAUGUGACAGUAGCGUACCUCGGCCCUCCGGCAUCAUACUCGCACCAGGCGGCGCUGGGAGCUUUCGACACGGAGGAGCACACGUUUAUUCCGCAGACGACGAUCGGCGACAUCUUCACCUCCGUGCAAACCGGCGCGACGACCUACGGCGUGGUCCCAUUCGAGAACUCGACGAACGGCAACGUAGUGUUCACGCUGGACCUAUUCCGCGACCGGAGCUCUGGCUACCACGUAGUGGGGGAGACAUAUUUGACGGUGCACCACAGCCUGGUGUCCUCGGCCAGCGACCUGACGGGGCUGACGCGGCUGUACUCGCACCCGCAAGCCUUCGGCCAGUGCGAGCAUUGGCUCAACUCCACGCUCAAGGGCAUCGAGCGCAUCGACGUGUCGUCGACGUCGCGCGCCGCGCAGCUGGUGCGCGACGAGCCCGGGUCGGCGGCGAUUGCGUCCGCGGCCGCCGCGGAGGUGAAUGGGCUCAAGGUCCUUGCCAGGAAUAUCGAGGAUACCCCCGAUAAUACUACGAGGUUCUUUGUGCUGCAGGCGGCGGAGAUGCGCUCGCCCAUGUCGGAGGAGGGCGGCAAGGGGGAUAAGACGUUUGUGGCGUUUUCGGUGGAUCAUGCGCAGCCCGGUGCCCUGGCGGAUGGAUUGAAGGUUUUCAAGAACUUCGGGCUGAACUUGACGAGUAUUGCGAGUCGCCCGGAUAGGAAGACGAGGUGGAAUUAUGUCUUCUUUGUCGAGUUCGAGGGACAUGAGGAUACGCAGAACGUGAAGGAUGCGUUGGAGGAGUUGGGGACGUUCUGUGCUGAGAUGAGGGUGCUCGGGAGUUAUGUUGAUAGACAGAAGUUGGCGAAGAAACCGGCGGCGGCGUCAUGACGGGCGGAGGAAGGGGAGGGUGGUGGUCACCAGUAGAUUUGCUGUUUUUGGUAGAUGGGUGGACUGGGACGUAUACGGAAUAGAUUGGAAUACUC